AUGAUUCCAGCACAAUCUGGUACACCUGUGAUUAAUUUAGACGAAGAAGAGGAAGAAGUGCAAACGAUUGUCCGAGCAAGCAAUAAUAACAGCAAUAAUCAUUCUUCAUCAUUAACGAAUAAAUCCAUCAUGAUUCGUGAACAAAUACCUUCUCGGAAUGAACAAAAUCAUGAUGAUGAUGUAAUUGAACAAGAAGACUUUGAUGAUGAUGAAAAAGACAAUAUUUGUUUGAUAUGCCAAGAUGAAUGGAAAGAAGAAGGCGACCAUAAAGUAGUCGCACUCGCGUGUGGACAUCUCUUUGGUAUGAGUUGUAUCAACCAAUGGUUACAAACAAAGCCUAAUUGUCCAAUGUGUAAGAAGCCUGCUCGACCGAAUGAGUUAAGGCCCAUAUUCUUGGGAGAGUCAUCUGCAAAUAGGCUUGCCAUUCAUAAAGUGAAGAAGAUGAGCGAGAAGGAAAAACAAGAUAUUAGAUCAAAAUUAAGAGUGGAAAGAAAGAAACGACGUGUUUUUGAAAAAAGUUUAUUAGAGUUGAGAAAGAAAAUUACAAAUUAUUUGAAUUCAAUGGAAACUCAAAUUGUAGAUUCACAACAACAUUCAAGUAAUGCAAACGCUGAAAAUAAUGCCAUUGUGCAUGACGACCAUGAUGACAUUAUUGAAAUCGGAUCAGAGCGUACGCCUUCAUCAUCUUCAGUCAUAUCAUUCCUGAGAGAGCUUCAGGCAGACAUUGAGGAAUGCCCAUUCGAGCUCAAACUAUUUGACACCACCAAUGAUUUUGCAAAAAAAAGAAAACGAGACGUCUUUGAAAAUGAGCAAGAUGUGAUCGUGACAACACCUACAGAUCCACUUUUGAGGCAAACCAAUAUUUUCAGUUCUGUAUUAGAGCUUAAUAUUCACUCACAACACAAAAUGUUAAGAUUUUUGGAUGAUCCUUCUUAUCUUUGUUUUGAUUCUAGAAAAAAUCAUGCUCUUACAGUUUAUUCAACAGUGAAAUAUUCAAGUAAUGAUAUUUCAUUGGUUAAAAACCAACAAGUGGUGGAGACUUUUGAUAUCAAUGACAUGUACUUUUCUAGAAAAAAUAAUCUGAUAUAUUGUGCUUGUGACAACAAAUUUGUAAAAGUUGUUGACGUUAAAUCAAGAAAUGGAGUUAUAUUUGAAAUGGAAAUGGAGGAUAUUCCAAACUGCCUUUCCAUUCCUGAUGAAACACAUGACAGCCUUCUUUUUGCAGGUCUUGAGAAUGGUUCUAUUUGUGGCAUGGAUUUACGAAUGCCAGGAAGAAUAGUAUUUCGGUUUGAUGUUCCUAAUACACCACGAACGAGCCAUGCCAAUUCCAUUCUUUCUAUGCAAUACGUGUCAAGUAAUGAUUCAUUGAUUUUUUCUACCCUUGGAUCUGGAGUAUUUCAUGUCAAUUUAAAUGUAAAAAAUACUCCCAGUAAUCACUUAACUUCAGAUGGUGAAGACACAACACCAAGUUUAUUUCAAGGCGAAAUUACUACCUUAAAUGCAAACAACAGAGAAACUGUUAUGAAUGAAGAGAAUGGAAACUUUACUUCAAGCAAUAUAGUAAUUUCAGAACCAACAAUCACACUGCCACCAUCUCACCAAUUUACAAUUUUUGAAAGAGUGGAACAUCAUCCAACUCCCAUUGGCAAAUUCAAGUCUCCCACGGUACUGUUUAAUUUAACAAAUUCAGGUGCUAUUGAUUUAGAGUCAAACCAUCACUCCUCUCCAUUUACAUUCUUCAAUGGAACAACUCUGAUGGCAUACACUGCUCUCAAAAAUGUAUCAUUAUUUGAUGUCAAUACUGGACAUAUCUUCCAAAACCUACCCUCAGAGAACCUUCUUCCAAUCACGAGUUUAGAUUAUUUAAAUUGUUCAAUGGGUACCUUCUUUGGAAAGAUGUCUCCUGAUCAUUGUUCUUUGUACAUUUAUAAAGAAUGA